ACUUAUAACAAUUCUCUUUGCUUUCCUUCGCUUCCCUUGCCUUUGUUUAGCUUCCCUUCCCUUCUCUUGUAGUAAACUCCCAAACACACCAUAAUAAAUGCUAAAUUUGCCCCAAAUUCUGGUGAUUUCGCCAUGAAAGCGGCGAAGAAAUCAGCGGUGCUGUAUCACUACCCGUGCCCUGACGGAGCUUUCGCAGCCCUAGCGGCCUAUCUCUACUUCAAAGCCGCGUCUUUGCCCGUCGCUUUCUUUCCCAACACUGUCUAUGAUCCCAUCAAGGCUGGGAAUCUUCCAGUGGAUGAGCUUAGUGAUGUUUAUCUCCUAGAUUUUGUUGGACCUUCUGGUUUUGUUGCUGAAAUAUCUACAAAAGUUGAGAGUGUGACAAUCCUAGACCAUCACAAAACUGCGUUUGAAGCUUUAUCUGGAAAUUCUUCCAUUGGCUCAAAUGUGACUAAGAUAAUCGAUAUGAAGAGAAGUGGGGCUACAAUUGCCUAUGACUACUUCAGAGAAAAGCUUUUUGGAAAAACUGAUGUUUCAAGAGUGGGUGAUAGUGCUGGUAUUGGAGUUAACUUUGUUCCAGAUAGUGAUCUUGAAAGGGUAAAUAGGCUUUUUAAAUUUAUUGAAGAUGCAGAUCUUUGGAGAUGGGCGCUCCCACUUAGCAAAGCUUUCAACAGUGGUUUAAAAGAUAUGAAUAUAGAAUACAAUGUGAAUUUGAACAAAGCUUUAUUUGAUCAGCUAUUUGCAUUGGAUCCUGAGUAUAUCAUUAGUCAUGGGCAAAAUACACUGUUGCACAAGCAAGAGUUAAUAGAGAAAGUUCUGGAGCAGUCUUAUGAGAUUGUACUUGGAAGUGGGCGCUUUGGUCAUUGCUUGGCAGUUGAUGCUGAUUCCAUUUCAAACCUCAGGAGCGAGCUAGGAGACCAGCUAGCCAAUAAGAGCCGCAAUCUAAAAUUGAGCUAGUUUGACUUGGAUUACAAAAGCACUCAAGGUGUGGUUUCAUCUAGAGCUUAGUGCAUUGUAAAUCCACCUGUGGAUAAUUUCUUCAUGGAAAUUCCUCAUGAUAUGUUCAUUGAAGGUGAACUUUAAACCAGUGAACUGUUUCAUCUCAUUUAUGUUGCCUAUCAAAUCUUUCUAUGCUUCAUUAUCAAAAUGCCUUUUCGUAGCAAUUAGUUAUUUCUUUUUACCUUUAAAUUGAGAAAGAAAGAAUUAAAAGCAAUCAAUUUGAUAUGGUAUAACUAAUUGUUGCCUGUAAAGGGCAAAAAAGGAAGAAAAAGAGUUGAUCCUUAGAAGACAGACCGAAGCUCAAGUAAGUAUUCGACACUAAUGCAUAUCAAGUGCGUAGAAGACUGGCAUUGAAUAUCAAGUCCAUGCAUUCAAUCAUAAAAAGAAUCAAAAUAAGACAUUGCAAUUAAUGAUUGUAGCAAGAUAGACUUGAACUCCUAAGCUCUAAAAUUUUAUCUUUUUCUAAACUUUUAACAAGCAACAACUACCAUCAUGCAGUUAUAGUCAAAAUCUAUAUUUUAUGUGUACUUUGGUGACAACGUAGGGCUAAAAUCGAACUAAAAUCAUCUAGCCAUUUUACCUAGGGACAAUCUCCAAUAAAUAAUAAUAAUAAUAGGGCAAUUCUUACUGAAAAUUUUACCUACUAAGCAAAUUCAACUUUAGUUCUCCAAUAUUUGCCCUCAAAAGAAGAUUGGUUGGGAGGGGGGGGAUUUAUAAAAGGACUCACUGUCACCAAGGAUUGCUAUUGUCGCCUCGCUGGAGGAGAGAUUAGGGCUCACGGGAGAAUUUAGCCAUGGAUCGAUUGAGGGAGAGAGAUAGGAUUAGAUCUAGGGUUAGAGAGGAGAGAGGAUUGCUCCAGGGGA